UCACGCGGUGCACGUAUGGAAACCAACAUGAAGGUCCUGUUCAUUCUGUCCGCUGUUCUUCUGGCCACGGCCCAGGCCAACAUCUUCACCGACAUCGGUCAAAAUUUGGCCAACGUCUUUAAGACACUUGGUGCGAGCCUCGUAAAACAACUGGACACGACUGGAGUUGACCUUCUGAACGCUGGAAUUACCGCAGGGAAGACUCUUAUAUCUCAAGGAAUUCAAGCUCUUGCACUGAAUACUGCAAAUGCUCUGCAAGGAUCAACUCGAGAGAUAAAGCUCCCUCCCGCGCUCCAGAACGUGGAGUCCUCCCUCCACAACGUUGUGGACACUCUGAUGGGCGAGAUGAAGAACAUCUUUGGCUUCCUGGUCAAGGGUCUGCAGGGCGUCGUUGACAAACUGACCCAGCUGGAAAUCACCCCCGAGGAGGUCAUCAGUGAGGUCGACAAGCUUGUCAACGUCCACAACCUGGUUGCUGAUUCCUUCCUGAAGACCAUCAAGGACAAGGCUGAGGAGGUCAUCUCCAGCCUCAUCAAGAGCAAGAGGAACGCCUUCACAGACUUCUUCGCUGGCAUUGGGCAGAGUCUGACCAAAACCUUCCAACCAGUGGUUGAUGGUGUCAAGACUUUGGCUACCGUGGCUGGAACUGCUAUCAAGACCGGAGCCACCAACCUCCUCCAAAAGGCAAAGGACUCCGUCGCUCAGCUGGGACAGAAGCUCCAGCCCCACAUCGCAAACCUCGGCUCCCAGCUCGGCACAAUCGUGGCCCACGGCAGCAACGCCUUGGGCGCAUUGAAGGCGGCUGGCAGUGACAUCCUGCAGCAAACACUCACCAACUUGAAGGAGCCCCUUAACAACAUCGGCAAGACCGUCGUAGAUGCUGGACAAACCGUCGUCGGCCACGUCGCUGGGGCUCUAUUGGGCACCAACACCGAUCCUGCCACAACCGUCGCCCCCUCUCCAUACCUCGAGCAAACACUCACCAACUUGAAGGAGCCCCUUAACAACAUCGGCAAGACCGUCGUAGAUGCUGGACAAACCGUCCUAUCCACGAGUCUAAGAAUGAAGGUCGUCGUCCUCUUCACUCUGGUUCUCCUGGCUACGGGGGGAGACGCCGGUAAAGUCAAAGACUUCUUCCACAACGUUGGACAAAAGCUGGGAGACUUCUUCAAAAGUGCUGGACACACCAUCCUGCACGAGCUUGACCUACACGGGGGCGAGCUGCUGACUGCCGGGGUACAGGCCGGGAAGAUGUUACUUUCUCAGGGCAUCCAAGGGCAUCCAAGGGCAUCCAAGGUACGUCGUGUCGUACUGUUUCAGAGCAUCCAAGCGCUGGCGUCUAACACAGCAAAUGCCUUUACAAGACCAGAUAAAAGAUCAGACAUGAUCAGCCAGCUGUUCACUACUCUGGAGCAGGAUGUCCACGGGGUCAUUGACAAGGGUCAGGCAGAGCUCAAGGCCGUUAUGGCGUGGUUCCGGCAAAGUCUCAGUGAAGUUAUCGACAUGGCCGCCAAUCUCGAAUUGACACCAGAGGAAAUAGUUCAAAAGAUUGAUGCUCUUGUCGGGGUACACAACACCAUGGUGGACUCGUUCCUCACCACUGUGAUCUCUGGAAUAGAGAGCGUCAUCAGGUCAGCUCUCAAGUUACACAAGAGAAACGGCUUCACCGACUUCUUCUCCAACGUCGGCAGCUCCAUCGCAUCAGCCUUCUCCCCCAUGGUGGAUGGCGUGAAACAGAUGGCGACGUCAGCAGGAACGGCCAUCAAGGCAAGUGCAGCUGGUUUUGCCUCUGCAGCCAAGGAUUCCAUGAAUCAGCUGGGCGAGAAGCUCAAGCAACACCUACACACGCUCGGCCAGCACGCGGGGAAGCUCGUGCAGCACGGACAGAACGCGCUCAGCGCCAUGAAGGACGCCGCCGGAGACAUCAUGAAGCAGACCCUCAGCAACAUGAAGGAUCCACUGACAGGGAUCAAACAGACCUUGACCAGCGCCGGGGGCACGAUUGUCCAGCAGGUGCUUAACGCCAUGAGUGGAGGAGACCACGCCUUGGCAGGAAAGGACGCCGUCCCCACUAACCAAUAGAAGGAAGGACUUGGCCUCUGCUUCAUCGCUCGCAUGAUCACCAGCUUCAUCAUUUCUUAAUAAAACUGCUAUUGUC